GCGCUGUUUCUUUUUUAAAGACGGACUCUCCAAAUCAUUGUACAGUCCUGAUCGAGACUAACAAGCACUAGCCAGCGGUCACAGCAUCGCGACUGCCUCCAUACACCCUCAUCGAAUCAGCACAGCACCUCGGUCCUCACUGAUGUGCGGGGCACAACGUCGCCUCCGUCCAUCACCAAGCCCGUUCCACAUCGAUCCUUCGAACAACAUUCCUUCCUUCUUACCACACUCCUCGCCCUCGCCAUGAAAGCUCACGCCGCCCUGCCUAUCCGCAUCCUGACCCACAACAUCCGUUACGCCACCAAGUCACCCUUCAAAGGCGAGAAGCCCUGGUCCGACCGAAAACACCUCAUCGUGAACGAACUCAAAUACACAACCGCCCACAACCCAGAAGCGUUCAUCUGUCUACAAGAAGUCCUACACGGGCAGCUCAUCGACAUCCUCUCCGGCCUCAACAGCACACCCUCCUCCGCAGCGCUCCCAGCCCAACCCAGAGACCCAUCUAUAGAUGGCGAGAAGAGCAAAUACGAGUGGACAUACAUAGGCGUGGGCCGCGAUGACGGCCUCCAGGCCGGAGAAUACAGUCCCAUCAUCUACCGGCCCGCGAUCUGGAAACUUGAUCGCUGGAAAUCCGUCUGGCUCAGCCCCACGCCCGACCGACCCGGGAAAGGCUGGGACGCGGGGAGUGUGCGCAUUGUGACUGUCGGCCACUUCACGCACCAGGGGAGCAAGAAGAGCGUUGUGGGGCUGUGUACGCAUUUCGAUGAGCAGGGGGAGGUCAGUCGGCGGGAGAGUGCGAGGAUAAUCCAGGGGAUUGUUCGGGAUGCUGGAAAGGAGCCGGUAUGGCUCGCUGGCGAUCUGAAUAGUGAGAUGGAUGGUGAGGCGUAUCGGAAUCUCAAUGGGGAGGAGAGUACACUGGGGGACGCGAGGGGCGAGGCAAAGUGGAGAUAUGGGAAUGAGAUUACUUGUACGGGGUUUCAGCAAGAGGAGAUGACGGUCAUUGACUACGUGUUCGUCAGCAAGCAGGGAUGGAGCGUCGAAGGGUUUAGUGUGUUGCCGAAUCGAUUUGAGGAUGGUGUGUAUAGCAGUGAUCAUCGGGCGGUGGUGGUUGAUGCUGUUCUGAAUAUUUGACGGGGAGUGAACGGGAAGCAGACUUCUGGAAAGGUUGGAACAGUUGACCAAUCUUCCCAUCUAUACGUGUCU